GAUCGCUCCACGCCUCAGAGCUUUUCACACAAGACCGCUCUGACAGGUCUGCAGCAAUGAGCUAAAGUCUAAAAUCAUCACAAAUGGAUUCCAGCCUAUCCGGUCUGUCGUCACUCAAAGAUGACAGCCCUCCUCUGUACAUCCUGCCCCAUUAUAAAGAAGGCUAUCGACUGGCUAUCUACGCCCUCCUGUGUGGUGGUAUAGAGUCUUACGAGGAGUUCUUACGAGCUGAGCAAAUCAACCACUUCCUCUCUGAACAGGAAAUAGCUUUUAUUUUGGAAAAUGCUGAACUCCCUGUGAUUGAGGACGAGGGGGAGGGUAAAGGAGUAAUCCCGGAGGAGAAUGGGGUGUCCACGUACUUCCCCACGGAGUCUGAUGAGGUGGUGCCGGACUUGGAUUUGGGAUGGCCCGAAAUCUCACUAGAAGAGACAGACACGAGUAUAAGUGUACUGUUCAACCCACCCAGACAAGACACACCCAGUAUCAAGGAGGUAGUGCGCAAACAGAUAGAAGAGGCCAGGCAGCUGAUCGCGUUGUCGAUGGACGUCUUCACUGAUGUGGACAUUUUUAAGGAGCUCAUUUGCGCGGCUCUGAGGGGAGUGGUUGUGUACCUCCUUUUGGACCAAACCAACUUCAGCAGUUUCUUGAACAUGUCCCAGAAACUCGGGGUCAACCUCAGCGACAUCAAGACCAUUCGAGUUCGGACAGUGCAGGGACUGCAGUACCAAUGUCAGUCCUCUAUGAAGUUUAACGGUGCUCUGGAGCAGAAGUUUAUCCUCAUUGACUGCAGAACUGUGCUUUAUGGGACUUACAGCUACACGUGGACUUUUGAGAAGCUAAACUUGACCAUGGUCCUGGUCAUCACCGGUCAGCUAGUCUCUUCUUAUGACGAGGAGUUUAGACGCCUCUACGCCCGCUCCACUGUUCCACCUCUCCUGUCCCGUGAAAAACUGCACCCAAUACACUACCUGCACAGUCCCUCUUCCAGCCAACCCUCUCUGCAUCAACUCCAUAUGAAAAACAAAGCUAUCAAUGGCUUUGCUAACAAUAGCAACAUGCUAACAAGAGGUGUUAGCAUGCAAGACAGGUUGCACUACUUUCCGGAAAUGAGUAAUCUUGUAAGGGGGCACAGCUAUGGAGGAGAUCUUCAAAAGUUUAAUUCAACGCGGUUAAGAAUGGGGACUAAAGAUAUCGGACUGGAAAGACAUACAUUUAGAAAAAAUGAGUUACAAAACAGACAACAUUUAAGGCACCAAUCUCGAUAUGGCGCAGACCAUAAUUUAAUUCCAUUCAAUUCAGAGACAUCCCUAAACAAGUGGAAAAUGGAUGUUUACUUGAAUGGACCGCUAGAUGCAUCUUACGAAGCUUUGUCACCAUUUGGAUCACCUUAUAGCAGUUACAACGUGCUAAACGAACCGCCAUCCCAAAAUAUUCACAUAAGAUCAAAAGAUAUUAAGCAAAGAAUGGAAGAAACGCGUCAAAAGAGGUUGAGUUUGCAAGAAUACGCUAACUUACAACAAGGGCAGGAGCAGUUUUGGAAUAUGUAUUUAACACAAGAAAAACAAAAAACGAAGCAUUUGUCGAGGGGCAUGGAGUUACAGCAAAGUGCAGCAGAUUUGGAGGCGUUUGCGCACCAAAAUGACUGUAAGAAAGAAGGAGAGCGGGUUUUUACGGAUGGAAAAAGAACAAUAUCGCAUAAUGAUUUUGAAAGUAUGACAGAGAGAAAGACGAUGUACGAUUGGCAAGAGACUAAAUCAAGAUCAACCACAAAUCUAGAUCUGAAAUUGAAUGAUUCAGUUGGAAGGGGGCUUGGUCCAAAACACCAAAGACACAUGGAAUCAUUGACAAAAAUCCCAGAAGAGAAAGAAGGAGUUAGUCGUGUUAAUAGUUUAGAUUUGCCGCCGCAAAAAGAGGAACAGACUAGAAAAGAAGAAAAGGUUGUAAGUUUUGAAGAGAAAAUUGUGACAGGGCAAAAGGAGCCUGCAGGCAAAAUGGCAGAUGGUUUGAAUUCUGGAAUUGCAAAAGAAAGCAAGAAAUUGGUGCCAAAGGAAGUAGAAAAUGGACCAAAGAAAACAACCCCAGAAUCUAAAUCAAAAGAUGAAGCAAAGCAGCAAGACAAGACAAGUUUACAAAGAAAACAUUCUGUUAAGUCCAAAGUCUCUUCAGCAUUGUCAACUGACGAAAAGAAACCAGGAAAGAAAGAUUCACUGCAGAGAAAAUCCUCUUUGCGGUUGCAGAAAAUGUCCGGAUCAACCACAUCGCUAAAAACUGAAAGUUCAAUGGGGUCUACAGUUGGGAAGCAAGAGCAAACACCCAAAAAAUCAUCACCCAUGGAAGACAAAACGAAAUCACCAUUCAGUUUUCGAUUAUCUCCUCAACGUUUAAGCAAAAGAAAAACAGACAGUGAGAAAGGGUCUCGAAGUACACUAAAUGAUGAAGCAACCUCAUACGAAGCCAGAAAGGAGAAGGCGUACAGUCGAUAUGAGCAUUUGCUCGGGAGAGAAGAUAGUAGUUCAAGAACAGUUUAUAUCACGGACAAUGAAAGGAGUGUUGGAACACUGAAGGGCGUGACGAGUGACUGUAGAACUCAGACUCAGGGACAAACUCAAAAUACAGGGGAAAACAAGAUUGGACGUUUUGUGCAAAAAGUAAAGAGUAAUCUGAUGAACAAAACCAAGUGAAAUGGAAUCUGCAUUUUUCAUUCACCCUUUACUCAGUGGUAAGCUGCGAUUAUAGCCGUAGCUGCCCUGGGGCAGACUUGAUGGAAGCAAUACUGUCAUUCUGUGCUACCAGUGCCUCCGAACAACACUCACACACCUCGUUCAUACUAGGCGGUGAGUGUGGGUGAAAUGUCUUGCUUAUGGACACAACAACAGUUUUGCCACUAGUGCUCCACUGUGGCACCUGAUAUUCUCUCAUCCAAGUACUAACCAGACCUGGCCUUGAUUAGCUUCAAAGAUCUGACAAGAUCACACUUUGACAAGCCAGUAUGGUCACAACUACCAUGUACAAUGGUAACGUGUACUUGUGAUUCUCUAAUAUUAUGUUUAUAUGUGGUUAUACGUGGUUUUAAAAAAUGCUAGUAAUAAAUUAAACAUUUAACUAUGUCAAAAACAGGAUUAAGAUUGGGAUAUGUCAGGCUGCUCUAACUGUAGGGAAAACUAGGACAAAGUAGCCAAUGACUCACCCCUUUAUUUGUUUGGGCUUGGGCCUAGUACAGAUGCAAAUGCUGACCUCCUUAAGUAUGUAUCCACAGAUCUAAUUUUAACAGGGUUGUCUAUGUGGCAAAAUUACCCAUUUGUGUUAGACAACCAUUUUAUUUCUGCUGGGAGUUAGUUUCCAUUAUACUUUCCUGUCAUUGUGUGAACAUUGCUCACAGCUUUGGUAUGUUUAGGUUAAGUAAAUAUAUUUAUGUAAACUCUGUAAAAAUAGAUAGUUUCAAAUGACCUGAGGUGCAAUGAAGAACUAUUGUGCUUACCCAGAAGGCAAAGUUCAGUUUAAAAGAAAGACCACUCCCUUUCUUUCAAGGAGAACAUUGACUUCUGUUGGGCAAGUUUUAUUAUUUACAAUUAAAGAGCCUAUUGAACGUCACAGAAAAGUGUUUAAUGUUCAUUCAUUGGUAUUAUUUAUCUGUUGUUGGUUGUGGUAACAGACUAUAUACUUUGUAGGUUG